CCCCGGCAUGCAUUGCGGAAGUGUCUGCGUGAGGGAGGAGAGAGAGAGCGAAGGUGGGGGGCUUGGCUUGGCCGGGUUGCUUGGAAUUAGGAGGACAGCAGGGAAGAAGAAGAAGAGGCAGCAGCAUCCUUAAAAGAAAGAAGAGAAAGAAGGCUCCCCAUCUUACUCAUCACUGAUAACCGCUCAGGACUUUUCCACAACACCUCCUUUGGCCUGACCGACCCACCAGCCCCGUCACCAUGAACUACCUUCGCCGGCGCCUGUCAGACAGCAGCUUUGUGGCCAACCUCCCCAACGGCUACAUGAUGGAUCUGCAGAGGCCAACCCCUCCAGGUUCAUCCACCUCCUCUCCGGCCUCCCCGGCCACAGAGAGGCGACAGCCCCCUGCCUUCCCAACCCAGACUCAGGGCCCGGCUCCAAGCUCCGCCGCAGGGACAGGCAGCUUCCUCAGUUCUUUCUCCAGUGUGGUGAAGAGCGCCCAGAUGGCGCAGAAUGUCGCAGCUGCCGCACAUGCUAAGUCAGCAGCGGCGGCGGCGGCCACUGAGGGCGCUCCAACAGGGAGCAGUCAGCCCGCCAAGCCUGUUGUCCGCAAACCUAAGAUCCUGUUGGUCAUUGAUGAUCAGCACACAGACUGGGCCAAGUAUUUUAGAGGCAAGAAGCUGAAUGGGGAGUAUGAGAUCCGAGUGGACCAGGCAGAGUUCUCAGAGAUCAACCUGGCCUCCUAUGUCGGUUCGGGGUGCAUGGUGGACAUGCAGGUCAACAAGGGUGGCACAAAAGUGGUCAGGUCCAUCAAACCGGACUUUGUCCUGAUUCGCCAGCAUGCCUACAGCAUGGUCCCAGGAGAGGACUUCAGGAACCUGGUCAUUGGCUUGCAUUUUGGCGGCGUCCCAAGUAUCAACUCCAUCUUCUCCAUCUACAACUUCUGCAGCAAGCCUUGGGUGUUUUCUCAGAUGAUUAAGCUCUACCACUCACUCGGUGCUGAGAAAUUCCCCUUGAAUGAACAAACCUUCUAUGCCAACCACAUGCAGAUGGUUACAACCCCUUCCUAUCCUGUGGUGGUGAAGAUGGGUCAUGCUCACUCAGGCAUGGGGAAGAUCAAAGUUGAAAAUCAGCAGGACUUCCAGGACAUCACCAGCGUGGUGGCGCUGGCCGGGACCUAUGCUACCACUGAGCCCUACGUCCAGUCCAAGUAUGACAUCCGCAUCCAGAAGAUCGGCAACAACUACAAGGCUUACAUGAGAACCUCAAUUUCUGGAAACUGGAAGGCCAACACAGGUUCGGCCAUGUUGGAGCAGAUUGCCAUGACUGACAGAUACCGACUGUGGGUGGAUUCCUGCGCCGAGAUGUUUGGUGGCCUUGACAUUUGUGCUGUGAAGGCCGUCCACGGAAAAGAUGGCAAUGACUACAUCAUUGAGGUGAUGGACAGCUCCAUGCCUCUGAUUGGGGAACAUGUGGAGGAAGAUAAGCAACUGAUCACAGAGCUGGUCCUCCAUAAGAUGGCGCAGCUGCUUCUGGGACUUUCCACACCACCGCCAUCUUCAGUCAAGACCACACAGCCCAGACGAGGUGGACACCGCUCUGGCUCUGCCUCCCCUUCCCAGUCAGCCCACGGUUCUCCACAGCGAGCCCGGUCCGCCACCACUUCACCGAGCCAGGCCUUUCAACCUGGGCCUAUCCCUGACACUUCUGGACCUGCAGCUCAGAAACAGUCUCCUCAACUCAACAAAUCGCAGUCGCUGACCAACACCUUCACAGAGACUUUACGAGGCAACGUGACAGACGACGAGGCCAAAGCAGAGACCAUCCGCAGUCUCCGGCAGUCUUUCGCCAGCCUCUUCUCUGACUGAGACCCUCCUUCUUCUUCAUCCUUUCUGCUUCCUGUCAAUCUGCUGAGGAGUCUCCCUGCUUCAUCUUCUGGUUUCCUUCCGUCUUCUGUCACUUUUGUGAAUAACUGCUUCUCCUUGCACCUUCGCUACUAGAAAGGCUUCUUCAACACUUUUUAUGUUAGUGUGAGCACAACAGUCAAACCACUUCUAUUUCUCUUCAUUUCAAAGGAAAACUGCAAUUUUUUUAGUUUUUUUGCCCAUCAUCCACAAUCCUUACUUGAAACAUGAAGGUACAUUUCAGUGUGUUCUAAAGAGAGAAAAACAGUAGGCCUGAAAGAGCUAACAAUGCACCUAAUGGGACACACUUAUUAAACCCUCGAAAAAACCUCCACCGUCAUGAAAAUGUUGAGCUUGCCAAGCCGUGUUGACCCAAAAAAUAUAAAAGUGGAAAAGAUGCCCCAGACAAGCAUGACCAGACGGACAACUAUAUAUCGCAUACAUGGAGCAUAUAGUACAUGUAUACAACAAAUCAUGGAAUGUGGGCUAAUACUUUACAGGUAAUUUUGUUGUCUAUUUGCAUUUGUUCAUAUACCUGUUCUUGUUUCCCAGUCACUGGUAUCCCAUUGCAUUGUUUUGGAGUGCUGUUACCUCUCAGUCGUUCUUGGCAUGAGGCGCUGUGUCACUACUCCAGAAAAGUAGUUCUUCGUAUUACCUGUUAUAACAAUAACAUUCAUUCAUUCCUUCAUUUUCUACCGCUUAUCCUCAACGAGGGUUGCUGGAGCCUAUCCCAGCUGUCUUCGGGCGAGAGGCGGGGUACACCCUGGACUGGUCCCCAGCCAAUCACAGGGCACAUAUAGACAAACAACCAUUCACACUCACAUUCAUACCUAUGGACAAUUUGGAGUCGCCAAUUAACCUAGCAUGUUUUUAGAAUGAUGUGGGAGGAAACCGGAGUACUUGGAGAAAACCCACGCAUGCAUGGGGAGAACAUGCAAACUCCACACAGAGAUGGCCGAGGGUGCUCGGGGCUCCUAGCUGUGAGGCCUGCGCGCUAACCACUCGCAGCCGUGCAGCCCAUCACAAUAACAAUGUGGUUUAUAUACAGGUUAGUCAGAUGCAUUAGCUCCCACAUGCUAGCUGUUUUUAUCUCUUUCGAAAAACACACAGAAAAGGGAAAGAUGUGUUGUCAUGUUUCAAGUAAGGAUUGUGGAUGAUGGGCAACAUUCCCAAAAAAGUGCAGUUUUGUGUUGACCACCUUUUCCGUGCCUGCUUUUCUCUUCAUGCCAUAUGAAAAUAUUCUUGACAUAAAAUCAAACAUGAAACAUAUCAAAUUCUCCUGCAAAUGAUCUCCUCCAUGCCGUAUUUGCGAAUUUUUUUUCACUUAUCAUUUAGUGAAUCAUCAAUCCCGAUGCUAAUCAAUUCAGUAUUUGCAGUUUGCUUGGCCUUUCUAGUGGUGAAUUAUUCCAGUCACAUAUCAUAAUCCAGCUUGAUCUACUUGAUAUUUAAUUAAUAAGCCUUCAAUAAAUGUACUUUUUUUUCUUUGUCUCACUUAGUGAAAGUGCUUACGCUCCCACGUUUAGUCAUUACAGUGUCUGUGAAGCAACCGCUCUUAAAGGUUUGCAGCUGUCCAUGGCAAUAUUAUUCCAAGAGAAGUGCAUAAAAGCACAUGGCUCACCAGCGUAUUUGCCAGCUACUCACACAUUGGCUUAAGCAGCGACUCCUCCACCAAAGUGCUUUUUAAGCCAAUUAAAAAUAAGUCUGCAGCACGCUGCGUCAAGAGCGAAAUCGCACAGCUUGUCGACCUUUGAACUGAGUGAUUUCACAAAGGUGCAAAUGCUCUUCUGGCUUCUGGCCAUCGUCUUCCGUGACAGCAAAGUUGUUGUUUUAGUUUUCUUGCUGUUUAGUGCUUUGUGAAUAACACGCUGCCAUCCAGGGCAAUUUAUGGUGUUAAGUUACAGCUGCGUGCAAACAAUAGCCCCCAAGUCCGCACCCUCCCCAAAAAAGAAUACAUUGUAUUAUUGUAUUUGGGUUUUUGUUUGCACUGUUUGUGUCCAAAUGUUGUCAAAUUGAAUAUAAAUAGUUGUAAUGCAUGAAACUGUACAAAAGUGUGGGUGCGGGUGGUAUUAAGUGUAAACAAUUACAAAUAGUAUGGCCCUUAUUUGCAAUAAUUAACUUUUUAGGCUAUUUUAAUUUGUUCACCAUGAAGCCUAAUGCUGUGACUACAAAAAAAGCUAACCUUAUUCGAGUUGUUUCACAUUUAACAUGAGAAUGUUUCUAGCUAACUAAGCUAACUACAGACAGCUGAGCACACUGACUGGAAGUUGUGGAAAAUUUGCCGAAUUUUUGUAUAAACUAUCAAAUUAAUAUUUAUUAAUAUUUAUAUUUAUGCUAUGAUACUUUCCCCCCACCGUUUCCAGCCUGUAUGCUAAGCUAUGCUAACUAGAAAAACUGUACAUAGCACGCGUUAACGUCAACCACAGCAGUAAAAUUGAGAAAAGAUAACAAGAAUAAUUACAGACGAUUCCAUUCCAUUUCCUUUAGCACUGUGUCAAAAGGGACCAAAAUAAGGUUUAAAAAGUAUAUUGUUUUGUCCUUGGCCUAAAACACCAGUGUGAAAAGCCAUAAGCAAAUUAUCAGGAUGCGCCGCGCAAUAAUCGCUCACUUGUCAACUGACAUAUCCACUUAGAUCAUCGUGUCAUGUGACUUUGACAUGCGGUUCAUUCUAGCGUUCCGUCAGACAGUUGUUUUUCUCUGUCAAAGCAAGAAAAAAAAGUAAAUGUCAUUCUAACGUAAUGUUUUUAAUUUGACUAAAUUGAAACAGACCUCCAUUGUUUCCAAACUACCUCAAGUUAUGCAGAAAAUGACUUUAGUGUGGUUGACACUGGGACACUAAGAUCUGCGUACUACGAGUGAGAAGACAUGUACUCGACAUUUAAUGUCUGUGGCGUCAAAACCCGAGUUUAAAGUUACCUGGCUGCAAUGGAACUCACCCUUAAGGGGAUUAUCAGCAUCCCAAUUGCUGUCAAGACCAUUCAGACACUUUAAGAGCAAAGAUUGUUUUCUUUAAGAAUUGACAAUGGAAAAUGUCAUUAGUUUCUUUUAUUCUGUAUAUCAUUUACAAAAAAAAAGAAUACGUGUUUUUUCCUUUAUUACCGUAAAUAAACAUGAACUUUAUGUGAAAUGGCAACCAACCUUAUUUUCUCGUUAAAAUGUCAGCACCAAACUCUGCUUAACAUUUACUCUACAUUACAGCUAAUGAGUCCAGUACUUCCUGUUUUGUUUCAUGCAGCCAUUUUCGGCAGACAUCUAGCUCGGUCUGAAAUAACUAUUGGAAAACAAACGAUUGGAAACAAUUUGAGCCGUGAUGGUAAUGGUAAUGAUUGGCAGUUGUGUCGACCAAUUAGAGCUUUUAAAAAUGUGUGCAUCCUUUUAACCUGUCCUCUUUGGACAAAGGCAAUACACUUUUUAUGUUCCAAAGUUUUAUUGUGAAAGGUAUGAAAUAUGCAGCCACAGAGACUUAAGUUGAAAUCGUUGCGACUGUCACUGUUGAGUUACACAAUAUUCCCGCCACUGUGUCCCCUCCCUCUCUGGUGGAUGGUAUGAAAUGGUACUUUAGGUGUUCUUCUUCUGUAUAUUGUUGUAAAUGUGGCAUGAAUCCUACUUGUGUGCCUCAGGUGUGAACAUUCGGUCGUCAUGUAAUUUUUUUUUUAAUGUCCGGCUGCUUAUUUGUGAGUGGAAUGCAUCUCGUAUGUUUCUGCAAUUUAUCAGUAUUCUGUACAGUUUGGUCCAGAUUUCUGUUAUUAAAAGUGAGACCUUUUACUACACCUUGGCUGUGGGUCAUCCAGAGAACUAUACUGAUUUAAAAUGUUAUGUUCUCCAUGUAUGGUCACUCUUUUAAAAGCCACACAUACCAUACUGAGAAUAAUAAAACCACUUCGUCUACUGUAUUUUAUUCCUCCUGGCAUGAAGCAUGGGGUGUCGGGCUGCAGGCCGUACAACCCUGCGGGACUCCUUUCAUGUGCGUCACCUCAAGCUGUGAAAUAAACUCUGAGGAGCGCUAAAAUGUUGUAGGGGUAAUAAAAAAAAACACAUUCAGCCUGCGCACAAUAUUCCAUUUUCAAACUAUGACUUCAUCUCUGCAGCCAUUUGUGAGGCAAUGACACGUCUGGCUGCCGACAAACAUGAGGUAACACUGCACAAUGUUAUGAGAUCAUACUCUUAUUGACAGGUAUUGAUUUGACCACAGCUUUCUACUGAUUUGGUCUCAAAUCGUAAAGCCAAAUUGAUUUUAUAAAUUGAUUUUCAUGGUUUUGUACAUUCGUUUUCUAUGCCGCUUAUCCUCACACCUGACAUUUUUCUUUGUUUCGCUGAGAUUUUUUGCCUUUUUUAAGGUGGAAAAAGUCACUAAUCAGAUCUGUUCUGUUCAGGUCUGAUAUUGUCAAGCAUCAUGAUGGUAGCACAAUGGUCUGGGGCUGCAUGAGUGCCGCUGUCACUGGGGAGCUGUGGUUCAUUAAGCGGAAACUUGAAUUCCAGCAUGUGCUGUGACAUUCUAAAGCAGUGCAUAACAGUUUUCCUACAUUAAAACAAGCCCUAACACACCUCAGAGAUGAUUAAGUGCCCUUGCUGCUAAAAACAAAAAUGAACGGCUUCAUUGGCUGAAUAUAAAGACAAGACUGCCUUAUUUUUUUCGCACUCUUCAUCUUCUGCUUACCUCUUCAAACUUGUUUCUGCCCCAUAUGACACAAGUGCUGCAUGCCAACCAGACCGGUUGUAUUGGCGACCUGAUGCUAAUCUGCUACUACAGUGAUCCCCCCUCCAGCCCCAGCAUUGUCAAGGUUGAAUGUUCUAGUCCGGACCUGCCUGCAGGCGGGCGGCACUCCUGUAAAUGGGUGCAAUAAACCCACAGGCGCUACCUGCACGAAUGAUGAUUUAUGAUGCUGCAUUCCAACACAUCCUUCCUAUCAAGGCAUCUGGAUAAAAGUACUUGCACUUUUUUCUUAUUAUUAUGUGUUUGUUUCCAUUUUAUUUCUGGCCGUAAGAAUGACUCGUGUUGAUCCGUGAUCUUUCCUGAGUGUCCGUCUAGUUAUUUUGUGAUGACACAAUAGUUUAGAGUAGACUGAUUGAAGGCAUACAAGUGAUGGUUGGCGUUGAAUGUGUAAAGGUUGCUCAUUCUGCCGCUUGUGGCGCACACUAUCUUCUUCUCAUACUGCCCAGACAAACACUACGUCAUCAUCAUCAUGUGAGAUGAACAAGCCAAUGUAUCAUCUAGUU